UCGAGCUGGAGAUGAAGCCACCUUCUGAACCUGCAGCUGAAGGAAGCCGAAGAGCCAGCAGACUGAGGCAGCACCUGGCCGCCAUUGCUACUACCGAGGACGUCACCUGCCUGACACGACGACGUGUCCUGCUGUUGAAACUUGCUGGCAGAUUGGAAGUGUGCGCCGGACCGAGACUCGCUCUGACAGCCGCCGGCAGGCGCGCACAGUGCCAGACUGACCUCGGCCCCGCCCGGGCUGUCCGCAGUGAGCGUCGGGGCGGUGGGCACAGGCACGACCCUCGGCUGGACCAGCGUGGCCGUCCCGGAGCUGCAGUGCGGCUACGCGCCUGCGGCGGCGGCGCGGUGCUACCAGCCGUGGCAGGUGUCCUGGGUGUCGGGCUGCAUGUCGCUGGGGGCGCUGGCGCUGUCGCUGCCGGUGGGGCGGCUGGCCGACGCGCUGGGCCGCAAGCGGGCCGCGCUCUGCCUGGGGCCGCUCUUCCUGGCCGGCUGGGCCUUCCUCAUCUGGGGAGACUCGCUGGCACUGUUGUGCGUGGGCCGCCUGCUGACCGGAGCUGCGGGCGGAGCCUUCAACGUGCUGGCGCCAGUGUACAUCGCCGAGGUGGCCCAGAAGGAAGUCCGGGGAGCGCUGUGCGGCUACUUCCAGCUGCUGCUCACCGUCGGCACCCUCUACGUCUACGUGCUGGGUGCGGCGACCAACCUCUUCUGGACCUCCGUGGGCUGCGCCCUGGUGCCCGCGGUCUUCCUGGUGGCACUCUCGCUGGUGCCCGAGACUCCCCCCUACCUGCUGCGGGGUGGCCGUGAGGCCGAGGCCCGGGCGGCCCUCCGCUGGCUGAGGGGACCGCGCUGGGACGUGGAGGCGGAGCUGGCCGAGGCGAGGGAGGCUCUGGAGGAAGACGCCAGGAACGGGGGGUCCGGGUCCCUCUGCGAGGGGCUGAGCACCGCCGCUGCUGGACGGGGAGUCGUCGCGGGGCUGGGGCUCGUCACAUGCUUCCAGCUCUGCGGUAUCAACGCUGUGCUUUUCUACGCGUCCGAUAUCUUCCUGAGAGCGUCGGGCGGAGCCCUGGAGGCGGAUACGUCUGCCGUGGUGGUGGGCGCCAUGCAGGUGGUGGCGACGCUGGUCGCCUCACUGGUGGUGGACCGCGCGGGGCGCAGGCCGCUGCUCGUGGGGUCCGCCGCAGUGGUGGGGCUGUGCGCGCUGCUGCUGGGAGCCUACUUCCAGCUGGACUCCAGCGGCGAGGCCGAGGGCCUGGACUGGCUGCCGCUCGCCAGCCUAUGCCUGUUCGUGGUGGCCUUCUCGCUGGGGCUCGGGCCCAUCACUUGGGUGCUGCUCGGCGAGAUGUACGCCCCCGAGGUGCGCGCCUUCGCGGGCUCCCUCUGCUGCCUCGUCAGCUGGACCUUCUCCUUCCUGGUCACCACUUUCUUCAGCGAGCUCAGUUCCGCCGUCGGCGUGCAGGGUACCUUCUGGAUCUUCGGCUCCGUGGCAGUCGCCGGCGCCCUGUUCGUGUUCUUCGUGGUGCCCGAGACGAAGGACCGGUCGCUGGAGGAGGUGCAGAGGCAGCUGUCUGGUGGGGCCCGAGUGUGGAGUCUGUCGUGCACCUGUAGAUGAGCCUCCUCACCUCGACAAAUCUGGAUGUUACAGUGAUCACCAUUCCUCUGGAUGAACCCACAUUUGUACACAAAUGGUAGUGACACGAUCUCACUUUUUCUAACAUCAGACAUUCACUUGAUCACUUGGAACAAUCUACUGGACCACAACUGGAACACAGACCCUCAUCUGCCACCAGUAAUGCUCUUCCAAUUGUGCCAGUACCUCUUUUUCAUAAAAAGUCUCCAGCUGAUGGACUUUAUCGGAUUCAUUAGCUGAUUCAAAUAGUGCUCCAGAUCACGAUUCAUGACUUUUCUCAAGUAAAGCAGUUACCAUACACUUACCAUGCACUUACAUACCACCACGCGGGAUUAGCCAAGCGGUCUAAGGCGAUGCAGUCAUGGAUUGUGUGGCUCGUCCCGGAGGAGGUUCGAGUCCUCCAUCGGGGAUGGGUGUGUGUGUUUGUCCUUACGAUAAUUUAGGUUAAGUAUUGUGUAAGCUUAGGGACUGAUGACCUUAGCAGAAGUCCCAUAAGAUUUCACACACAUUUGAACAUUUCAACUUACAUACCAUCCUGUAUGCCCUAUUGGACCAACACUUCUGGAACAACCGAAUUAGCAUAACAUGGCGCGACCAUUAUAUAAUGAUUGUCACCACAGUCGAAUUGAGAAUACAUAACUAAACUGUUCCCAUGUAACUCAUCCCCUCUCCCCUUUCCUCCCCUCCCAAAUCUAUACAAUUCCCUCCCACAGCCGAAGAUGUAGAAUGCCUGACCACUAUCCAACUAAUUUGAUGGACUUCCCUCUAGUUUACCUUGCCUCCUGUUCCAUAUACCACCUUGAUCUCCUAGCCACCUGUUGUUCCAACCUGGCACACUUCUGUGUGAAUAAAAUAGUCCCUGGUGUAACGAAAUACUGUUUCCAGGUGAGUGGUAUUGUCGAGAUAAUCUGACACGUCACACUCAUAACCUUCUGAUAUAGUGACUUUGCCUGAAAAUGGUUUGGGCGAGACUGGGGGAUGUCUCAUGGCAUCUCAACACUGCCAUCCAACUGGAUACCUGAGAGCUAUUCAUCAAGUACACGUCGUUUACAACCAUUUCAGUCCCCUUCUGUAAGCCUUAUCAUACUCCCCUUAACCUGAAUACUGCUCCAUAACGUUAAGCAAACUACGACAUUGCUGAAACCUCCUUUCCCACAAGAUCUCGCGUUUCUGCAAACCAUGAAUCUGUUCAUGCAGUCACUCAGUCAACCCAAACUUCAAACCCUUGUCCUCGAUGUGACCUUCUUACAGGCUUACAGAGUCAAGACACAGUCCACAAUCUGUGUGUUGAGAUGAAGUUGUCAGUGCUCGGCUUAGGUACACCACUGUUCAUUAACAAUCCCUAAAGCAUUCACUACCUUACCCAAUCACUUUCCUGUAAGUGUUUAUAGCAGUGUAACCUUUUUCCCGCCAUUCUAAUCCUCUUGACUUCCUCACAGGCACUGCUAAGACCUUCCCUAUCCAUAGCACUACCAUCACUCUCAAUGCCCACAGUAACUUCCCACGUCAGAAUCAAGUGCUGGUGUCUAAUGACUCUUUCCAUGGUCACACAAUCACUAUCCCACUUUUAACCUAUCAUUCCAGCUGAAUCACUGCAGAAAACACCAUCACUGGAAUCAAGAAUCAAUCGGUCUAUCCGAUUGUCCCUCUGGAUGCGAAAUCCCAAUAAUCUACCUGUUCACAUCCUGGACUACCUCCACAUAUGAUUGUAAACCUAUUGGGAAGCCUUAGGUAUAAAACUCUGAAACCAAUCACUACUAUCGCAAGUGUAAUAGCGUGCCUUUCUUUCUUCAGAAGACUUUCUCCAUUUGUCAUAUCGAGCCACAAUGCAGCAAAGCGUAUCUGUCCCCAAUACUAUCAGCCAUCUGCUAUCUGCUACUCCCUCUACCGAACAACCUCUCCAAAAUUAACCACUUUGCAAUCUAACCUAAUGACAUCACCCACAAUGAUGCAAACUUUGACCACUCCCUACACCACAAAGUUUAAAACUACCCAAUCUGUCCCACCCCAGACUCCUGGCUUGUUACACACAUAAAAGAAUUAGCCAGCUACACUUCAGGAAUGAAGCUUCCCCACCAUUAUUUACACCUUCAAACCUUGGUGUAUAAAGUGCAUACCUUUUUAAAUGUGACUUAGCCAUCUGAACCCCAAAAUUGUAUAAGUAUUUUAAGUCUUCAAACGGCAUUCACUUCUCGUGCUCUGUCCCUAUUAACCACUCAUCAAAUUAUGUCCUCUCUUCACCAUGAAUGAACACAUAAGAAUAUCCUACAGCUGGGAAAAACCUGAUACCAUCCAAAGUAUCUUUUCUUGUCUAACCUCCUGUCUUGACACACUGCCACAUCUGUAACAGCUCAUCCCUCUACCUUAGACCUACAUAAUUUUCACAUCAUCUCCUAGAACAUCUUCGUUGAACUCCUUUUGACGCUGGCUUAUACCUGUGUCGUCAGCUGUAAUGGGACCUUUCUUUCUUUCUCCAUAUCCAUAUUCACCUCUUUCUCUUCUCUGUCCUAGUUACCCAUUAUCUAUAUUUUUAUUAUCCCUCCAUUCGGCUCUCCAGACAAUCCUUCACAACAUCAGGCCAAAUUUCCCUUCAACACCUGAUCCACUGCCUGUUUACCAAAGCACUUAACUUUCCUAUUCAUUUUUUCCAAACUCCACAAAUCCUUAAGUGAAUGCCCACCAUAUCAAAUCCACAGGUUGUGUUAUUUUCAUUCUUCACUUCAUGUUGAUCUCAUUGCAAUGCUCAUAUUACAUAAUUACAAUGAAUCGUUUCAUUCAGUUGAUACGUUGUGAAAUAACUACCAUGUUGUACUCAUAAUCAUGUAUUUUAAGGACUAUGUCGAUAUAUUAAGAUAAAUUUUUUGCAUAUUUUUAAAAUUUUUGAUAGUAUAAUCGUUAUAAUUUUGUACUGCUAUUAUCCAUCACUAACCAUAUUGACUGAAGGGUAAGAGAAGAGAAUACAAGAAAAAUAAACCUCGCUUCUGUAUCUCCUAGAUACAGUAAAUCCUUUUCAUACGAUGUGUUCAAAGAAAGCCGAUAUUUUCAUGAAUGUCAAUAAGUGUGUACAUUUUUUAACUCUAAUAAAAAUGUUUCGAAAAAGGUU